UAAAGCAUUCGUUUGAAUAAAAUUCAAUUGAAUGUCAGUGAAAAAUUUUAAUUAUAUUUUUUUACAAUACAAAAAAUUAUUUUCUCGCUAAGCGUUUAUUUUAAAUUAAUUUCUACUUAAGCCAAAUUGAAAGCGAAACUUAGUUUAAAACAUAAGAAAUUUCAAUACUAACAAAAAAAAUUUUGCCAAAUGGAUGUUUCGCCCAGCAGAAAUAGUAUCGGCAGUGGAAGCAAACACGUAACUAGCUCAUUAUCACCCGGCCGUAAGGAUCUUUCCAAAUCCAUACCUAAAUUAAAUGGUGAACAAAUUCUCAAGCAAAAGGUCGAGUCGAAACCACCACAACCGGACAGUACAGUUGAAAAUGUGGCCGUCAGCAAUGUUGCAAUCAGCACGACAGCCAACAGCGGCGCUGAGACCAAACCCAACUUCACCAGAUCGAAAACUUUGGCGGCAGCGCAGAACUCGGCGCAAACCAAAAUACCCAUGAAACGCGCGGGUGCCAAUACAACUACAAAGUCGGCGACCACGCCACGGCUCACGCAUCGGCAGCAAAUGCGUUCUGCCUCGAAAAUCAGCUUGACCAUCAAAGAGGUGGGCGCCGGCAAAAAACUCGAGCCAAAUAUGUCCAAACUGAGUUUUAAAGCCAACACGUCGACGAAUCUGAAGACGCCGCAUACGAAAGCGCAAACCGCGCGCAGCACAGGUGUAUCCAAACGCAGCGCCAGCACAGUCUCCUGCCGCAGCGAUAAUCGUAAGACCGAAGAGACGUUGUCGCAACUCACCAAGGUGAGUUCGGCUGCGGGUGAUCAGGAGACUGGCGGUGGUGGUGGUCAAGUACUAAGCGCACGCGAACGCGUUGUCGAGAAUAAUAAGCUGAAGGUAUUCGAGGGUCUACAACGCAAAUUACAGGACAUGCAAACGGACUUUAUGCAGAAGUUUGAAACGCUCAAACGUACCUCGCCCGAUAAACUGAAGACGGACUUUAAAUUCAUAACGAUGGUGCGAAAUGAUGAAUACAAAUUAGUGUUGAAGGACGAUCAUAUGGUGAAGAUGCCCAAGAAGUUGCCUGCGGAUUCUGUGAACGACUUUAAAGAGAAAGUGCGCAGUGCAGUGGAGAGUUCGCUCGUGUCUGUGAUAGACAAUCUAAAGGACAUACAAAGCGAUCCAGACCGCAUGCUGAACUUGGAUGAUGCACACAACUUCUUAGGAAGGCAGCAGAACAAAAAAAUGCAAGAUCUCUUUGAGUGUGUGAAUACGCUAGCCAAUGCCAAAGAUACGGAGAUGGAUGCGCAAAUCGUUAGGAUGCAGAAAGAAAUACAGGAGGGUAAAAAAGCUUUACAGAUAGCCGAGAAAAAAUUGACCGAGCUGAAAGCUAUACACACGAGUGAAUUAGAAGCCUUGGAGAAAGAUUUGAAAGAGAAAACCGAUGCCGAUACAAUGAAGCGCGAAAAUCAGAUCGCAGAGAUGAAUCGUAAAUUGCGCAAUUUAGAAAAACAGCAUGAUAAAUUGAAAACCACAUUGCAACAGAAUACGGAAGAAUGCAGCCAUGGACAAACCGAGAAGGCGAAACUGCUUGAUGAACUCAAAAACUGUAAAGAUAACAUACAAGCACUCAAUAAGAAGUUGACACAUGCUGAGAACCAAUUGAAUCACGAGAAGAAAGAUAAACAUGAGAAGAACGACACCAUACAAAAACUUGAAGUUGAGCUUGAAAAAUACAAAAAGGAAUUAGAAGAGGCACUGCAAGCAAAGCCAACACCUGAACAGCACAAUCAUGAGAAAGAACUGAAAAAGGAAAUACACAAAUUAAAAGGAAAAGUCGAAAAUUUGGAAAAAGAGAAACAAGAAUUCAUUACGCAGGUCGAGCAACUACAAGAGGAUAUUCAAGUAAUGGAUAAGUUACGGCAUAGAAUUCAUGAUCUGGAAGAAGAGAAUCGGGAUUUGUUAGCACGCGAGAAGACUGCCUUGGAAAAUGUGGAGUUACCCAAAGAGUUCCAAGCAGAGCUCUGUAGACUGCGUCAGUCAGAGGCUGAGAAGGUGCGUGAGAUUGAAAAACUCAAAAUUCAGUUAUCCAAAGCCCACUACAAUAUCGAACAAUUGGAGGAACAAAUACGGCGCGAUCAACAACUGUUGGAGGUGCGUUCCGAAUUGAUAAAUUCGCUGCAGACCAACGACCAUACACAGCGCAUACAAUUGGAUCAGAUAUUUGCCGAAGUUGGCGUCAAAAAUAAUACCAUCAAUGAGGUAUGGUUAAAUAAUGAUUUGCGCACAAAGUCGGAAGAAUUCCAAAAUCUCUUCAACACAUUGAGCAACAAACAAAUGGAGCUGUCGCGUCAAGAGCAUAUGAUCAAAUUGUUGGAGGAGAGUAAUGAGCGUAGUCAGAUGUUGCGUGUGAAGCAGGAGGAGAAGAUCGGCCGUAUGGAGGAGGAAAUUGCGCGGCUGAAGCAAACAAUCGCUCUGUAUCAACACAAUGUACUUGGCAAUACCGGCUGCAAGAAUCUGAUCUAUCAACCGGUUGUUGGCGCCGAGGACUACAAUGAGAAUCUCUACUAUUAUACGAGUGAGAGACGACGUAAACGGCAGGUAGAUAUCAAUGUAAAGAAAUAUGAAGUCUAAUUUGAACAAAAACAAAAAGACAAUUACAAAAAAUAUUUCACAAAAUAAUCAAGGAUCUGCAAAUGAAAUAAUCCACACACUGGCAAGGAUAUCGUACGCAAGGAUGUUAUUAUGUGUUAUGAAUGGAUGUGUGAUGUGAUGUCUGAGUUGUUGUUUGAUUAAUGCUUCAAUAUGUGUAUAACUGUAUAACAACUGUCCAUAUAUAUUUAUAUACUCAUACGAGUGUGUGAAAAUAUUUAUAUAUACAUGUAGCAAAUGAUGAGGCGCUAGAAAGCCAGGCCGAACUUUCGUGCUCUUCAAAAUUAAAAUGCGUU